UUCAUUUUUUUUUUCCGCCAAAAUAUCAAAAGCUUCAACCUCCAAGCCCAUCAACUUGUUCUUCCUCCACCUCUCAUUUUUCAAAUUCUCCUUCUCUCUCUCUCUUUCCUCAAUUUCGAGAAUUAAAAUAUAAUUCGAAUUUCGAGCGUUGCGGAGGCCAUUGCUCUUUUCGUUUGGGGGUUGCACUUGCUUGCUUGGAGAUGGAAACUCCUGCCGCACCAACAGAUAAUAAUGGCGUCCUUUUGGACACCCAGCCAAGUAAGCGCAGGAGAAAGAAGUCUGUUGUCUGGGAGCACUUCACAAUCGAAACUGUUGGGGCCGGAUGUAGCAGGGCUUGUUGUAACCAGUGCAAAAGGUCUUUUGCAUAUAUUACUGGUUCAAGGAUGGCAGGCACAAGCCACUUAAAACGACAUAUUUCGUUGGGAAUUUGCCCAGUAAGCCGCCAGAAAAACCAAAUGACUGGCUUCAAAGCUGAUGGUACUGAUGUUCCAAAACGACGCUACACUAGAGCACAUGCAAGCUUCUCUUUUGAUCAGGACCGCUGCAGCCAUGAGAUUGCUAAGAUGAUAAUCAUGCAUGAUUAUCCACUUCACAUUGUAGAGCAACCGGGGUUUAUAAAUUUUGUGCAAUCCCUUCAACCUCAGUAUAAUAUGGUAUCAUUUCAUACUAUUCAAGAUGAAUGUGUGGCUAUUUACCAUAGAGAGAAACAAAGCCUUUUGAAUCUUAUCACUGGAUGCCCUGGACGGAUCAGUCUCACGGUGGACUUGUGGACUUCAAAUCAGAACCUGGGCUACGUUUUCCUAAAAGGACACUUUGUUGAUAGUGACUGGAAUGCAUACAGUCUGAUCCUCAACGUGGUUAUGGUAUCAUCUCCAGAUUCAGGUGACACCUAUAGUCAAGCUAUUUUGACUUGCCUGUCUGAUUGGCAUGUGGAGGGUCGAUUGUUCACUAUUACACUUGACCAAUCCCUCUCCAAUGAAACUGUAAUUGGAAAUCUGAAAGGACUCCUUUCUGUCAAGAACCCACACAUGCUCAACAGUCAGUUAUUGAUAAGAGAUUGCUAUGCUCGUGUUCUCGGUCGUUUGGCACAAGAUACCCUGGGGGCAUUGAGCGAAGUAAUCAUGAAAGUUCGCGAAAGCGUUAAGUUUGUGAAAACUUCCGAAACGCAUGAAGACAAUUUUGUUCAGCUGAAGCAACAGCUUCAAGUUCCGAGCACGAAAAUGCUUUCAAUUGAUGAUCACACUAAAUGGGACACAACGUACCAUAUGCUAGUGUCUGCUUGUGAAAUGAAGGAAAUAUUUGCUUGCUUGGAUACAAAUGAUGCUGAUUACAAGAUAACUAUAUCAUUGGAAGAAUGGAGUCAGGUAGAAACUCUAUGUACAUAUGUGAAGUACUUGUUUGAUGCAGCUAAUCUUGUGGCUGAUCCAGCAUGCCCAACUGCAAAUGUGUUCUUCCCAAUUUUAUCGCAAAUUCAAGUUGAACUGAUGCAGGUGGCCAUGAGUGAGGACUCCUUUGUCAGCUCUUUGAUCAGACCUCUAUAUGAAAAGUUUGAUAGGUAUUGGGAAAACUGUUGCCUGGUUUUAGCAAUUGCUGUGAUUAUGGAUCCAAGGUACAAAAGGCAAUUUGUAGAUUUCACCUUAUCUAAAAUUUAUGGUGAAAAUGCUGAGAAUUGGAUUAAACUAGUCUAUGAUGGACUUCAUGAACUCUUCCAUGAGUAUAUGAUGCAAAUGCUUAGUCUACCGGGAACAUUAAUGGACGAAGGGAUCAUCAAAUCUGACCCACCUGAAGCAGCAGAAGCAUCUCAUGAAGAAGCUGCAGAUGGGAUUUCAGAGUUUGAUAUAUAUCUCUCUGAUAUCACAGGUGGCCAUCAAAUGAAGUCAGAGUUAGAGCAGUAUCUUGACGAGUCCAUUCUGGCCCCCCAAGGGCAAGAAUUCGAUAUUCUGGGUUGGUGGAAAGAGAAAAGUACAAAGUUCCCAACACUGUCAAAAAUGGCUUCUGAUGUUCUGUCCAUACCAAUCUCCACAGUUGCCGCCGAUUCUGUUUUCAACACCGAAAUCAAAAGAAUGGACAGUUACCGUACUUCGCUGGGUGCCUCGAAUAUCGAGGCUCUCAUAUGUGCCAAGGAUUGGCUACGACAUGGACCAUUCCUAGAACCAGAACCACAGCCACUUGAAGUGUCUAAUGACAUUGUCAAGGUGGAGUUUUAGACAUGAGGUUUAAUUUCUUCUUCUUGGUAGAACCUUGAUUUGAGUUCAGUUCUGCCUUAUGUUUCAUUCGGUACAGGAUGCUGACAGUUCCAAGUUUCAUGUUCCACUAGUAUAGAGAAUUGUUUACAUUCUUGGAUUUAGCGAAUCAUUCUAUAAGAAAUUAAUUGGGGUCUC